UCGUUAUUAAUCCUCGCCAGCUUGCUACUGUGUCGAGUUUAGCUAGGGGAGAGAAACCGUGGGAGAAUGUAGAUUAUGUUUUGACCAGAAAGAAAUAAAGUUUAGGAUUGAUAAACAUCUGGCAACGUGGAAGAAAGAAACUGGAAAGGUAUCACCAGCAACUUGGAAACAUCUCUUCUCUCCCCUGGCUCUCCAGUGUGUCAGGACAGGGCUCAGCGUAUCAUAUCUUAAAGUCACCCAGUGCCUCUCCACCCGAUGGAUCAUUAUUUUACCCUGUAUCUUCACCAGUGCUAAAACUAACACCAGCAGGACAGAGGAAACGCGCAUAAAGAGAAUUUUUCAACAAAUUCAGGUACACCGCAGCUACAAAAGUUACCUGUUAAUAUUGUAUUAAGUUUGGUAACCCCCCCCAAAUUCAACAACGCUUCUUAAAAGUCUAAACCUCAAAACCCAUCAUUCAUCAGCAUUACUCAGUUCUCUCAUCAGGUCAGUCCAUAUUAGAACGCUGUAAACACUACUUUGCACCAUUAUGGCCUCCAUCGCCAAGUCGUCCGACCCUGAGAUCCCAGACAACCACAAAGAGAGCUGGCUGGAGCUACUUUCUGCCGCUGAAAAGUAUUGCCAAACAUCUGGCUGCGACCUGGCCAUCCUAACGGCGUGUAAGAAGUUCCGGUCCUCGGCUGGAGGCGGAGACGGGAUGAGGAAACCGGAGAGCAGCAGUGCCUUUCCAAAGGAGUGUGAUUUCUCCUACAGCGUAUGGGGCCAAGGGUUUCUGGCCGAAUCGGCGCGUCGCUACAUGGAUGACAUCGGCGUGCUGCACUCCAUGACCAUGCUAACAGCCCAAAAGCACACACGCCAGGCGGGGGGAGAGGGAAGAACCAAGCUGGUGGGUGACCUGACCUCUGACCCCACAAACAGGGGAAGCUUUACAGGAGACGGCGGGGUGGGCGGAGUGGGCGGAGUCAGUCCCAAUAGCAGACUGUAUUCCCAAAGCUACCCGUCAAUCUACAGCUCAGGAGCUGUGAUCGGGCAGGGCGGCGGGCCGAACGGCAACGGGGAGAGGGAACGGGAGAAGAGUGCACUGGAGGCCGAGCAGGACAGACAGAGGUCUGGGAUUGAGGACUUGGAAGAAGAGUGUGAGGACGAGGAAGAGGAGGAGGACAUGGAUGAGAGGAGACCCUAUGGGAAUGAAAGUGCUGGUGUGUUCUCCAUGGACGAGGACUCUCUGUCUCGGGACUGCGAGCCGUUCUUUGAGUCCGACGGGGAGGAGGAGAGUACUGAUGGCUCUUUGAGCGAGGACGCUCCUCCGCCGACGCGUGGCAUGGCUAUGGGCCAGGCUGCGUACUCGGCUCGUUACGCCCACUCCCACCCCAUGGCCCUGGCCCGCUCGCUACCCGUAUCUGUGCCCGUGUGGGGCUGCAGAGGGAACCGAGCUCAAGACAGCAACAGUGGAGAGCGGGUGGGCUGCGCUGACCUGGAGCACAUCGCUGCCAGUAUGAAGGCCCUGCUGGUCCCCGGAGCCAAUGAUGGGACGGAAAUGUUUGGGGCCCUGCCUCGGCCCCGUCUCAACACGGGGGACUUCUCCCUCAAGCACUGAGAGAAAGAGAGUGAGUCGAGUGGAGAGUAGGAGAAAGGGAUAGAGGGAGAGAUGAAGGUUGUCAUGAUGAAAGGAGAGCUGGACUGGCUGGCAGAUGUGGCGUGCAGUAUGUGAAACGGUGUCAAAGCUAGUACCGCCAUUUAUUUCUCACUAACGGAAACGAAUGCUUUGAGGAGAAAACAGAAGUUGUUAUGAACACUAACAUUUUCAACAUUAUACCCCCCCCCCCCACCACCACACACACACACA